AUGGAAGCCCGUCGCGUGGGUUUCAACAUUCAUGAAAUGCCUCAGACUUUCAUCGACGCGAUAAUUAUAGCGCGGCGCCUGGGCCUCAGGUACUUGUGGAUUGAUAGUCUUUGUAUCUGCCAAGACGACGCGAGUGACUGGGCUCGCGAAUCUGCACGCAUGAUCGACGUAUAUUCGAAUGCCCACGUUGUUAUCGCAGCGAACCGAUCCGAUGACUGCACAGGAGGAUGUUUCCACAGCCGUGCCGCACGCCCGAGCUCCGUGUUCAGACUUCCUGGUGGAUCAUAUGAUGUGACUGCGAUACUACUGUUUGCGUCAGACCAAGAAUCGGCCUUCAGCGGUGGCGACUUUCGAGACGAGCCACUCGUCGGUCGAGGCUGGGCACUGCAGGAACGUGUACUGGGGAAGCGUGUUGUUCACUACAACUCCAGACAGGUAUAUUUCGAAUGCGCUCGUGGCAUCAUCGCCGAGGAUGGCUCAGGCCUUAGUAAGAAACGCCGCGGCUAUCAUCAAAGGCCAGUCGCGACGAUGGAUCCCCUGAAUGACGACAAACAAAACCUGUCGUCUUGGAAUUUGCUAGUUUGGAAUUACGGGGCGCGGCGGUUGAGCAAGCCAACUGACAAGCUCCCAGCGAUGAGUGGUCUAGCCAGACUGUUCCAUGGGAGAAUAGGAGGGGACUAUGUCGCCGGGCUCUGGAGCAAGGCUUUGAUGGAGGGUCUCGCAUGGCAGCCAUUGGGCCGGCGAGGGCCCGCAUCCCGAGACCAAUACACUGGACCGAGCUGGAGCUGGGCAAGCUUCGACGGCAUUGCAGCGACGGGAUUGAAUCCGGGAUGGGUAGAUGUAGCCGACAUCGUGGAGUGGCACGUUGAUCUGAAGCACGAGGCCAACCCCUUCGGCGAGGUAGAAAAUGCCUGGGUGCGGAUCCGAGGGCCUGUUGUCCCACUGAGACACAGCACACAAGAGUCGAACGAGCACGAAGCAAGGCUGGGGAGAGCUGGUCUUCGGCCUCUGCCUAGGGUCUGCACGCCUCACACGGAUUCUGAAAAUGGAUUGAUCAUGACGCCGGACCACACCGACAUCACCAGCACCAGCGAGUGGAAGGACUGGCGGUUAGAAGUUCUGCUCCUUGGGGGCUACGAGGAGAAAUGGGGUCAGGAGUCAUGCUCGGACGACGAGGACACUAGUACCGCAAUCGGCUCAUUCUACGGGCUUGUGGUCACAGGUGCGGGGGAUGAACACACAGAGAAGAGGCGAAGGGUUGGGUUCAUGUUUGUCGAUGGGAAAGAAGGGUCUAUAAUCAGAGAUGACGAGAAGAACUGGAAGACUGUGACUUUGGUAUGA